AGUUUUUGUGUUCUCUAGAUAUGGUGGAAUCUAUCUUGAUUCUGACAUCAUAGUACUGAAGCCGUUGUCUUCACUCAAUAAUACAGUUGGCCUGGAGGAUGAGCUCGCUGGAAGAACAUUGAAUGGUGCUGUGAUGGCAUUUAGAAAGCACAGUCCUUUCAUUAUGGAGUGCUUAACAGAGUUUUAUGGAUCAUAUGAUGACACCCGUUUGAGGUUGAAUGGGGCUGAUCUUUUGACUAGAGUGGCUGACAAAUUUUUGAGCAACAAGGAUAUUUCUGAAGCGAAGAUGGAUCUCCAGUUGCAGACGCAAUCCCUUUUUUUCCCCAUUAAUCGCUCUAGUAUUUCAAGAUACUUCUAUGCACCACAGACAGAAACUGAAAGACUUGAACAAGAUGUUAUGUUCAACAUAAUUCUAGACAAGUCAGUGACCUUUCAUUUCUGGAACAGCUUAACCUCGGCUCUGAUUCCAGAGCCCGACAGCCUUGUUUUCAGGCUUCUUAACCAGCAUUGUAUUCAUUGCUCAGAUAUGUUGUAAUACUUAGAAUGAUCCCUCUUUUUGACAAAUUGUUGUCCAAAGGCAUAACGUUUUCUUCUCAUCAGACCUAGGAGAUGUAAUAGCCUCCCAAAAUGGAAACUCCAAGAGUCGAUCAAAUGAAUU